AUGGAGCGAUGCGCUUCGGGAGCCGACGGGCCUACGUCCACCAGCAGCCGAGACAACAGGCGAUGCGAGGGCGCCCUCGAGGGAGAGGACACGCACACGCUGGCCGAGCCUGGCGUUGUGGCGGGCUCCGAGCGGCUGCGCGGUGGCCCGCCAAGCCCGCCUGCCACUGGUCUGCUCUGCCUGACCGUUGCGGCGAGCUACACGUGCUCGGCGGCCACGACAACGCACAUCCAGACCGUGUGCGGGUACGCCGCGCCAGUGACGAUCACCUACAUCAAUGAGCUAGUUCUCGGGACCGUCGCAGCGUCGGCGCUGCUGUACGCCAGGCCGCCUACUGCGAGCCUCGCCCUUGCCCGGGCGCAGGCGCCCUGGGCACUGGUGCUCUCGCCUACGGCCUUCGGGGCCAACGCCGCAUUUGCUGCAGCUUUGCGGCUCACUUCCGUGGCAUCUGCGGUCACCCUCGAGCAGCUCACGUCGCUCUUCAUUGCAGCGUUGUCGUACCAUCUGCUGGGAGAGCGCUACGGCUUACCGUCCAUGUUGAUGCUGGCCGUCGCAGUUGGAGGAGCCAUCGUGGCCACCCUGGCGGACGUCAGUGGGCCAGCCGACUUGGUGAGAGGCAUUAGCCCGUUGUUGGGCGAUGCCCUUGCCUUGCUCGUUGCAUUCUGUUCGGCCUUCUACAUGGUUUUGUUCAAAUGCGCGUUUCCUUCGAUGGACCCGUGGGGGCUGGUUCUUUUCUUCGCGGUCAAGGCAACCGUAACCGUCGGUGGUGGUUGGAUUGUUUUACUGGUGUUCAAUGUGCUCGGCUGGGAUCAUGCAGGAUCUCCUUCAGCAUGCGCGCUGGCGUGGGUGCCAAUCGGGUCGUGCUUACAGGCGCUGUUCAAUUACUCACUGAUUUGGACUACCAUUCGUACCUCUCCGCUGACUGCACGACUAUCGCUACUGUGCGCGAUACCAAUUUCGUUCUCCGUAGACUUGUGCACGGGCAGAAGGUUCGACGCCUGGAGGCUCGUUGGCGUGCUGCUCAUCUUCGGCGGCGUGGUGGGCUUCGAGUGCCUCCCGAGGCCCUCCGUCGGCCGACGGGCGGGCAGCGGCGGCGGAGCGGCGGCGGAGCGCGGCGGCGAGGCGGCGAGGCGUGUGGCGCGGGCGGAGGCCGGCAAGCAGUUCCUGGCAGUCUCGGUGAGGGCGCCGCAGGCAUCGGGCACGCAGGGUGAGCCACUGUGGACACGGAACCGCUUCUGGGCUCGAGGCACCUCGUUGCUCAGGGGCGGCGGAGGGGGGCUGUUCUUCGACCGUGGAGGCGCGCGCGGGGCGGGGAGAGCAGCUCGGCGGCCCCGCGCGCGGCGGUGCCAGACAGCAGGGCCAGCAGGCAUGGCGGCCGUGGACCCCGCGGAGGCGGUGAGGGUGGCGCUGCUCGUGCCGGACGCGCAGGCCGGCAAGGUCGUCGGCAAGGGCGGCGCGGUCUUCCAGAUGCUGAGGGCGCAGGGGUGCGACAUCAUGAUGCAGCAGGCGGCCGACGUGGAGCAGUUCAGACGAGCAGAUCUCAGGGGCGCCUCCGGGGAGCACCUCGCACGGGGAUUCGCAACGAUCGCCGGCAGGCUUGGCAAGGGCGAGGAGCACACGAUGGCGGUGGUCAUCUCCCAGGACAUGGCCACAGCCUUCGACAUGAAUCACGGCGAGCAGAUGAUCUAUGACACGACGGGCGUGGCUGCUGCAGUGGAGGGAGGCUGGACGACGGAGGCGGCGGAGCGGCGCGUGAUGCUCACGGGCGACGGCAACGUGCUGGCGAAGUGCUUCCGGUUGCUGCUCGCCGCCUGCGGUCUCUGCGAGGCCAGCGGCGGCGGCGGGCAGCCGCUGGGGAGGCCGCGGCCUGCCGCCGCCCCCAAGAAGGCGGCUGCCAAGUCGGUUGCCGCGGCAGGCGCCGCGGCGCCCGCCUUCGUGGCUCCGGGCGCCUUCGUCCCCCCCGCGGCCGCGCCCGCGAGCGCUGCUGGCGGGGCGCGGAAGGCCUUCGUGCCGCCCGAGGCGUUCGGCGGCGGCCUCGGCGACGGCAGCGCGCCGAAGGCCUUCGUGUCCCCGACGGGCUUCGUGCCGCCGGCUGGCUAUGUGCCUCCAGCGGCCUCCGGCGGCAGCGGCGCGGGCGGCGCCAGAGUUACCGGAGUCGCCGGGAGAUCGGACCAGGAGGCCGAGCUGCACUUCGUGGCCUCCGACGACCAGGUCGAGCUCAUGGCGGGGUGGCAGGGCGCCAACUUGCCCAGCUUCGCGAGCCAGUCGGGCUGCAGCUCGAUCUCCCUGGCCCCGGCGCCGGACGGCUCGAGCAGCGAGGUGGUCAUGAAGGGCCCGAUCGGCGCCGUGCUCACGGCGCAGCAGAUGCUGUGGCAGCAGCUCGGGCAGACCAGCGAGGAGCUGCCCGACUACAUCCAGAUGAUCUACGUGGCUCCCAAGGGCAGGGUCGGCGCCGUCGUCGGGAAGGCCGGGUCUGGCCUGCGGCAGGUGCGGGAGCUCUCCGGGCUGGAGGUGAAGGUCGCCCAGGACGAGGUGGAGGGCUGGGGCCGCUGCACGUUCGCGGGCGCGGUGCAGAGCGCCCUGGUCGCCGCAGAGCUGAUCCACCUGCUGUGCAUCGGGAAGGGCGGCGGGACAAUCACCGCGAACGACCUGGAGUUCAUGAGCGCCGAGGCCGCGCGCCCGGUCGCGCCGCAGCCCGCAGCGGGCGCCGCACAGCACGCCGCGAAGGGCGCGAAGGGCAGCCAGCAGUCGGCGAAGGGCUCCUGGGGCGCCGACGCCGCGAAGGGCUCGUGGGGCGGGAAGGGCGCCGACGCCGCGAAGGGCUCCUGGGGCGCGAAGGGCGCCGAGGGCGCGUGGGGCAGCACGGCGUCCCGCGCCGACGCCGCGAAGGGCUCGUGGGGCGGGAAGGGCGCCGACGCCGCGAAGGGCUCGUGGGGCGCGAAGGGCGCGUGGGGCAGCACGGCGUCCCGCGCCGACGCCACGAAGGGCUCGUGGGGCGGCAGCCAGGGCUCCUGGGGCUCCCAGAAGCAGGACGCGUGGAAGGACAAGGACCCGUGGAAGGACUCGUGGAGCCAGUCUGGCGCGUGGGCAGGGGCCGAGCCUUCGCGCAAGCGCCAGCGCGCGAGCUACGACACAAGCUCUGCCUCUGCCGGAUCGUGGGGGGGGUGGGGGUAUUCAUGAUCCGUUGUACGCAGGCGACGCCAUAUGCCGAGCACCUGGCCACUGGAA